AGCUUACUUCGAAUUAAAUCACGAAAGGUUCCAUCAAAAACCAACAUCAUGAAUUUAGUUAAAGAGUGCUUCUUAUUUUUGGCUGCAACUUCAAUCUUCUUAUGUGAAUCUGCAUUCGUGGAUACUUUACAAAAAUGUAGCAUAAAAGACAAUGAAUGUUCGAAGAAUUUUUAUCAAACACUAAUUGAAACAUUAGCGGAGAAAGGGGCAACAGAUAUUGGUGUAGAGAAAAUUGAUCCGAUGGAAUUGAAAGAUGUCCAUGUAUCUAUUCUGGAUCUUUUAAACUUGACUUUAGCUGAAGGCAACGUGGUUGGAAUUAAGACUUGUACUAUUAAAAGUUUCAAGAUCGAUAUAGAAAAUAGAAAUGCGAAAGUGAAAGUUUUUUGUAAACACCUCGAGGUCCAGGGUAACUACCAAGUUGAUCUCACCAGUUCGCUAUUGAAUGUACAGGGAAUUGGUGACAAGUUGCAUGGAGCAGGACAUGCUAAAGUCAUCGUAGAUAAAAUUGAAGCUCGAAUUGACUUUCCUUACAUUUUGGAGAAACAAGACAAUGAUGUAUAUUUAAAAAUUCAAAAGGAGUUGCCAUACAGUUUCAAAGUUUUAGGAAAGGCAACUUUUGUAGCGGAUAAUCUUAUUGAUGGUGACGCUAAAGCUAGUAAUGACAUAAUAAAGUAUAUGAAUGAUCAUUGGAAAGUGAUUUUGGAUACAUUUGGAAAAGUUUUCUUUGAUAAAACCAUAGAAUUCGUACAACUAUUCAGCAGUAAAGUUUUCGACAAAGUACCAACAAAAUAUUACAUAAUUGAAGAUUUGUCUACUUAUGUCAAGUGAAAAUAAUUAUUAUUUUAAUUGCUACCUCCUUAAAUUUGCAAGAUAUUGUUAUACUGGUGGUAAUAAGGUAAAAUAUAUAAUAAAAUACUUUAAUGAGUUUA